GUACGUCUCUGUGGUAAUGUGAGACGUCGCACAGCGCACACACACCGACCAAUAGCGGCUUCUCUCUGGUGGAUGAUGUUGUGUGUUGUGAUGACGUCAGAUCGGCGGUAACGGAGAAAGCACUAUAGUAGUACUAGUGUAUGACAGUGAGUGUGUUGAGCCGGUACCCCGCCUUCUGCCCCUUCUCCUUCUCCCGGGCUGCUCGUCCUAUAUGGGCGGCCUGUUGUGUAAGCAGCGCAGCCGCUCCCGACCUCAGCCCAGCACCCAGAGCCGGAGGAAGAAGAUACAUACAGUGGACUGUCUGCUGAGGGGACCCUGCGUGCUCUGCUUCCUAGUGCACGCCGAACCCCCCGCCAGGGAGCCCGCCGCUUCCCAGGACUGUUCCCGCCUGCUGCUGCUCUGCCCCGGGGAGCUGAGUGCCUGGCAGGAGAGACACCUGUGCGGGGCACUUCUCAGGGGCACCGCCGAAGACAUGGUGUGCAAGAGGAAGAACUCAGGGGACAACCAGACCACUCUCACCCCCUGCAAACAACCCCGAUGUGCCCCUGAUGGGGAGGAGGAGGACCUGGCACCACAGCCCCAUGCUGAGGACCUGGCAUCCUACCAUGGAGGAGAGACUGCACACACCCAUAAAGAGGACCUGUCUUCACAAUCCCAUGCUGAGGACCUGUCAUCACACCCCCAUAGAGAGAACCUGGUACCCUGCUCUGGAGGGGAGCCAUCAAUGUGCUAUGGAGGAGAGAUUGCACACCCCCUUAAAGAGAACCUGUCAUCACACCCCCAUGGAGAGGACCAGGCACCUUGCUUUGGAGGGGACAUUGCACCCCCCCAGACCGGGAAUCCAUCAUCAUGCCUUGGAGGAGAGACUUUGCACCCCCGUGGGGAGGACCUGUCAUCGCACCCCCGUGGGGAGGACCUGUCAUCGCACCACCGUGGGGAGGCGCUGUCAUCGCACCCCCGUGGGGAGGCGCUGUCAUCGCACCCCCGUGGGGAGGCGCUGUCAUCGCACCCCCGUGGGGAGGCGCUGUCAUCGCACCCCCGUGGGGAGGCGCUGUCAUCGCACCCCCGUGGGGAGGACCUGUCAUCGCACCCCCGUGGGGAGGACCUGUCAUCGCACCCCCGUGGGGAGGACCUGUCAUCGCACCCCCGUGGGGAGGACCUGUCAUCGCACCCCCGUGGGGAGGACCUGUCAUCGCACUCCCGCGGGGAGGACCUGUCAUCGCACCCCCGUGGGGAGGACCUGUCAUCGCACCCCCGUGGGAAAGAUCGGUCACCCUGCCUGGGAGGGGACACUGCACACCCCCUGACUGGAGACCUGUCAUCAUGCCUUGGAGGGAAGAAUGGACAUCCCCGUGGUAAUAACCUGCGACCCCUCUCUCGAGGGGAUACUGGACACCCCCGAUGUGAGCAUCUGUCAUCAUACACCCAAACUGGAGGCCCAUCACAAUGCCCUCUUGGGAAGACUAAACACCCUCUUUGUGCGGACCUGUUUCCAUGCCUUGGAGGGGAGACGCUAUACUUCCCAACUGGAGGCCCAUUAUCAUGCCCUGCAGAAGAGAAUGUAUGCCCCCCAACUGGGGACCUGUCACAAAACCCUGGAGUAGAGGCCAUGCACCCCCUGGCUAGGGAUCUGUCAUCAUGCUCCAGAAGAGAGGCUACACACCCCAAAACUAGGGACUUUUCUCAGUGCCCCAGCGAGGAGACGGUAGUCCCCGUGCCUAGGGAUAUGUCAUAUGGCUCAGGAGGGCAGGCUCAGUGUCCACCUGGAGGUCUGACUCACAUAUUUGCAAAAGUGCAGGAACCUUCCUGUUCUCAUAAUCCGAAACAACAUUGUCAAGGGAGAUGUCUCCCUAUUGGGGAUACUGCACUGGCCUGUACAGAGCAACGUGCUCACUCUUUACCUGGAAAUAUGUCAAAGCCGCUUCCUCCUGGACAUCUGGCUACCUCGCUUGUGGAAGACCAGGAACCCCGAUGUUCAGGGCUGAAGACACUACAAUGCCAAGGGGAAGGCCAUGUUACUGGGGAUUCUGUAUUAUCAUACCCAGGACAUCUCACUAGGGAUCCAGUGACCCUCUACGCCAAGUUACAGUAUAAACCUUUUAGUGAGGAGCCUUUGGAUCUCCGUACGGAGGACCAUAGACAACCUUGUGAAAAUAAUUGCUGUAUCAAGUUAACCAGCUACUCCUCAAUAGCCCACGACCACGUACCAUCCUCGCUGACCAGUCCUUCACAUGUUGAGUUGCCUUCUUCUGGUUGUAUCCAGGCAACUCCUCAGUCUCCUAAGGUGGAAGGGGAUUUAUUGGUGCCUUGUGAGCCAUUGCAUAUUAACCAACUUCCUCCAUCCCUGUUAUUGAAGAUUUUCUCUCUCUUGUCACUGAAUGAGCGUUGUCUUUCAGCAUCUCUUGUGUGCAAGUACUGGCGGGACCUUUGCUUAGACUUUCAGUUUUGGAAGCAACUGGAUCUCAGCAGUCGUCAACAGGUGAAGGAUAUCUUAUUAGAAAAGAUUGCCUCUAGAUGCUGGAAUAUAACAGAAAUUAACAUUUCAGACUGUCUGAAUGUGACAGAUGCUGGCAUCUGCAAACUGGCGAUGAAUUGCUCAGGUCUGGUGAAAUACACUGCCUACCGGUGUAAACAGCUGUCUGACUCAUCACUUGUUGCUUUGGCUACACAUUGUCCUUCCUUGAAAAAGGUGCAUGUUGGAAAUCAGGAUCGGCUAACAGACAUGGCACUCAACCAGCUGGGCUCCAGAUGCAAAGAUUUGAGAGAUAUACAUUUUGGACAGUGCUACAAAAUCUCCGAUGAAGGAAUGGUCGUAAUAGCUAAAGGUUGUCCAAAGCUACAGAAAAUUUACAUGCAAGAAAACAAAUUAGUGACUAAUAGGUCUGUGGAAGCCUUUGCAGAACACUGCCCGGAGUUGCAGUAUGUUGGUUUUAUGGGCUGCUCUGUCACCUCACAUGGGGUUAUCCACCUUACCAGUCUUAAAAAUCUCUCCAGCCUUGACUUAAGAAACAUCACUGAACUGGACAAUCAAACGGUGGUGGAGAUAGUGAAAAAGUGCCAGAAUCUCACAUCACUCAAUCUUUGCCUGAAUAGAAAUAUCGACGACAGAUGUGUAGAAGUCAUUGCAAAGGAAGGCCGAAGACUCAAAGAGCUUUAUUUGGUAACCUGCAAGAUCACAGAUCACGCUUUGAUAGCCAUUGGACGGUAUAGCAACACAAUAGAGACGGUGGACGUUGGAUGGUGCAAGGAGAUCACAGACCAAGGAGCAACAUUGAUUGCACAAAGUAGCAAAUCCAUACGGUAUCUGGGUUUAAUGAGAUGUGAUCAGGUCAAUGAGACCACGGUGGAGCAGCUGGUUCAGCAAUAUCCACACAUUACUUUUAGUACUGUUCUUCAGGACUGCAAGAGAACCUUGGAACGGGCUUAUCAGAUGGGCUGGACACCAAAUGCAUCUUCUGUCUCCUAAUUCUUUCCACAACAGCACAACAAAGACGUCACGGAUACUGCAUUUAGCAUUUUUAUUCAGCAGUAUAGACUAUAAGUCAUUGAUUUACCUGUUUGAAACUUGUUUCCCCAUUCAGUAUGACAUUGCUUGCUAGGUGCUGGGUGUUUUGCUAGGAUUGGGGAGUCAUCUACUGUGUGACAAGGAUAUUUUUCAGGUUGCUUGGGUUCUGAAAUAUUAGUUAUGUAUGGUUUCCAUUAGAUAAGGUUGAUAUAAUUGCGUGAAAGGUGAUUGUAACAUGUUCUGAUUUUGUGUUAUAAAAACAUGUGAGUUCUAGUAGCUUCAAAUUCUCUCUCUUCAAUAUUCCUUCUAAAGAAAUCAACAAUGUAACAAACUAGGUUUCCUUGAUUUUUUUCCCCUGUUCCAUUUUAUAUCUGAUCAAUUAGUUCAUGCUCUAUAAUUUAUGCAGCCUUUACAAAACAGGAACUUUAGGAGAUUAUUCAUCAUAUCCAUCUAAUUCAUGCGAUCUGAUCAUUGGAAUAUUUGUUGUUGUACAUACAAAGGUUCCUUCCAAUUUUCUAUUCUGAGUUGUCAUUAAAGAACAUACAAAAUGAUCACAGGAGGUUUGGUUAUAUCUAUGUGACUUCUUGUCUUUGAGAUAUUGAUCCCAAUUUCCAAAGAUCCAAUACAUCAUCCUUUAGCUUAUAUGCAUUGUGCUUGUGUGUUAGAAGAUUGUCUGUAGACCUAUGUGAGGUGCUGUUUGUUUGAUAAAUGGAUGGAGUAAAUAUGGAACUUUGAAGGAAACAUUGGCAUUGAAGUAAGAUUAACACCAUAACAUACUUUAGCAGUUCUUUAUCAGUCUCUGUUUUAACUCUUAAGCCAUCAGUGUUGGUCUCUAGGUUCCAAGGAACUUAGAAUUUUUAUUGCAAAUAUUUAGCUAUGUCAAUUCUGUGGUUAUAGAAAUAGGCCAUUUCCAUGCACCUAGUCAGAUCUGUUAAAAUAAUGCUGUAGGUGGGAGAGGGGUGUCCUUUACUGUAUUCACAAGAUCAAGUUAUGAUGCACAGAAUCCAACUAUCUCAUCAAAGAUAAACAUUUUGAGUGAACCUAAAGAUAUAGCAGGGAUGCACAUCAUUUGAGGGCUUGUGCAGGAGCAUAAAAUAAUUAUUCUAAAAAAUACCUUCUAUGAUCUAAGGGAGAGAAAUCUGAAUUUUGUUGGCAAUAUUAGAAAUUCUUAGCUGAUUUCAGACUAAAAUGCAGAAGUAAUGCUUAACAUUACCCUGUCAUUAUAUAUCUGUCUUUUUUUUUUCUUGGUAAGGUGCAGGAACCUAUGUUUGCAACAGUUUUUAGUCCAGCCGCUGUGUCAAAGUUGACCACUCCUUCCUGCCACUCAUACACUUCCAGUAGCUCAUUUUUAUAACAGGUUGCCUCACUGUGUAGUAAGCAUGUGUGAGAGGCUGGAGGGCAGACUUUGACAAUACUUGGACGUGCUAAAGGUGAGCUUUAGAGGGUCUGAAAGAUACUACAAGCAACUUUACGUUUCUGCACUCUUUAUCGCUCCGCAAUUUUUAUUAUUUUUUACGUGAGGGAGGUACUUUUAUAUAAUUCAUAAAAUUGCUACAUUAUUUGUGUAGCAUUUAUAUUAUCAUCCUUAAUGAAACUUUACUUUUUAUUUAGAGGGCUGUAUCAGGUAACAAAAUACCUGUAUGAGAAAUCUUCAAUAGAAAGCGGUUCUUCUUUUCCUCUUAGACAGACUUGUGUCAGUUUACACCCACCUAUCCUUGGGUCUACCUCCGGGUCUGAAAAAACAAAAAUGGAAGAGAACACCAGAUCAAAGGUAGCCAGGUGUAAACAGAUAGCAGAUUCCGUUUACUCCCGGACACCCAUAAAGAAGAGUGGGCUCUGUACAGAAACUGAGCGGACGCAAAAGUAUUAUCCACCCGCUCCUCUCUGAUCAGCAGGGGAUCAGCUCUAUGAAAGGGGCCUUGCUCCCAAGCUGUACCUACAGUAGCUAGUCAAAUGCAGUGAUGUUAAUACAAAGUUGGCCAAGUUGUUUGGUAACAGUUUUGCAUUAACUGAAGUCAUAAGAUGUAUGACUAAUGUUGACCUGCUUGCAAAUCUUGCUCUGAUCUGAGCAUGUGUGAGUAUAACAUGUUUUUGGCAUAGUAUAUAGUUUGAAGAUUGAGUCCCACAUAUAAGCUUUUAGCAAAUUAUGGAUUUUGUGCUUGUGCCAAGGUCAGUACACAGCAAAGCAUAGCCUGCCUGUAGAUGCAUACCUGUACACACAAAACACAAUAUUUAAGCCAGUGAUUUGAACAAUUACAUUUUCUAGAAUUUAAAACUGAACAUUUCUAUUUACGCAAGAUCUUCUCCCAAAUUUGAUAUUGUUAUAUUUUCUAUAAAACAGCAAGGCAUGAAUCAGAUACAUAUAUUUAUUGUGCAGCAAAUAUAUAGUGAUAAUCAUAUGGCAACAGGUUGUUCCAGUUAUAGAGAAGAAUAAAACAUUUAACAUUUA